AUGGUUGUCUAUGCAUCGAUGAUAGAGUAUGGCAACGAGGAGAGCGCAGCGUAUGGGCGUAACCGAGACGCGAGACACGCAGACGUUGACGACGGCGGUCUAGACGGAGUCGGCAAUGCUGCGCAACCUGGUCGGCAGUCUACGACGACGAGCUCGGUCCGUAGCUGCACGAGAAACACAAUCGAGCAAAACCCCAACGGAAGCCAUGAGAGAGAAUAG